UCGAGGACUCAGGAGCAGGCUGGAUGUCUCUCUGGGUUUCAACCACAGGACUGAAGUGACGCUUGUACCCCCUUAACCUGUGUGUGCUCCUGGCCAGAACAGAGUUGCCAAGGCAGCUGUGGAAGCAGAUCCCUGGGGACAUGGCAAUGUCGAUCAUCUGGUGGUUCUGGUCUCUACUGGCCAUCUGUGCAUCCGACACAUUCCGAGAGAAGGCAGAGGAAAUCAUGAAGACCACACCGGUCAUCGAUGGGCACAACGACUUACCUUGGCAACUCCUGAAGUUGUUCAACAACAGGCUGAAUGUCUCAAAGGCCAACUUGAACACACUGACUGAAACGCACACCAACAUCCCCAAGCUGAAGGCUGGCUUUGUGGGGGGGCAGUUCUGGUCCGCAUACUUGCCUUGUGACACCCAAAACAAAGACGCUGUGAAGAGGAUAUUGGAACAGAUGGACGUCAUACACCGCAUGUGCCAACGAUAUCCUGAGACCUUCUUGUGUGUCACCAGCAGCUCAGGUAUCCGACAGGCUUUUGGAGAGGGGAAGGUGGCCAGUCUGAUUGGCGUAGAAGGUGGUCACUUAAUCGACAGCAGCCUGGGCGUCCUGCGGGCACUCUACCAUCUGGGUAUGCGGUAUCUGACCCUCACCCACAACUGCAACACACCCUGGGCCGACAACUGGAUGGUGGACAAGGGAGAUGACGAGGCUGAGAGCGAGGGACUGUCAGUCUUUGGGAAGAGGGUGCUGAAGGAGAUGAACCGCCUGGGUGUCAUGAUUGACUUGUCUCAUGUGUCCGUGGCUACCAUGAAGGACGCUUUGGAGUAUUCCGAGGCCCCGGUCAUCUUCAGCCACUCCUCGGCCUAUAGCCUGUGUGAUCACAGGCGGAACGUACCUGAUGACGUGCUCCAGCUGGUGAAGAGCAAAAGGAGUCUGGUGAUGGUGAACUUCUACAGUUACUUUGUGUCCUGCUCAAAGGAUGCCACCCUGUCCCAAGUGGCUGACCACCUGGACUACAUCAAGAAGGUGGCAGGCGCUGAGGCUGUGGGCCUUGGAGGGGACUACGAUGGCGUCACAGAGCUUCCUGCAGGACUGGAGGAUGUUUCCAAGUACCCGGAUCUGAUAGCGGAGCUUCUGAGGAGGAACUGGACAGAGACGGAAGUCAGAGGUGUACUAUCUGAAAACCUGCUGCGGGUCUUCUCCGAAGUGGAGCUGGCAAGCAAUAACAUGCAAGUUCCGGAGGAAGAGCCAAUCCAACUGGAUGAGCUGGGUGGAUCCUGCAGGACGGACUAUGGCUACUCACAAGCCCCCAGCAUCCACCUCCAGAUUGGGGCUCUGCUGGCCUUCCUGGUUCCCUUGCUCUUCAGUCUGAAUCUCCUGUGA